ACCAGUUGGAACUACUUGUUCCAGUUUAAUCUUUGCACCACCAUUUUUGUUUGUAAAAUGGAAUAAGUAAUCAAGUACUGGCUAAGACAACAAUCAAGGCCCUUAUAAACGCCCCAAGAUGUUCAAUGGCAUGGUGAGAACCAUCCGCGACAGCGUCGUGGGCACCUACCCGUCCUGUCACGCCAACUCGCGACUUGAAGAACGCCGGGCGAAGCAACGGGCGAUGCGCCAGGAGCGCCGACGGAAGCCGGAUAAACCAGACGACUUUGUCACCUACGAGGAUUCAGGCAGCGACGAGGAGACACCCCAACAGCAGGAGGAGGUGCUCAACACGUCCUACAACCUGUGUGACUACCUACGCAGCCGGGAAAGCGGGCUUAGAGAUAGACGCAGCGUAAAUGUAGAGUACACCAGUCGUUAUGUUCUCACCCACGACAUGCUGCGGGAAACGCAGAUCAGCUUGGGCUACAUCAAUAAGGUAUUUUGUUCCAAAUGGCUCAGUAGCCGCCAGGUUGUGUUCGGGACCAAGUGCAACAAACUCCUCGUCUACGAUGUCAAUAUGCGUCGCGUGGACGCUAUUCCUACACUGUCAAAUAAUCGAGCUAAUCAUCCGGAAGUGCAAGGUGGACUACAUGCCAUUGAGUUGUCUCCCAGCCGCUCCUUCCUGGCCACUGGGGCCCGGAACUCCUCCGAUAUUGCUGUGUACCGACUGCCCACACUGGAUCCUGUAUGCGUAGGUGAAGGUGGUCACCGUGACCUAAUCAUGGGUAUGUGCUGGUUGGAUGAUCAGUUCCUGGUUUCUGGAUCAAAGGAUUCGCGUAUGGCGCUGUGGCGCAUCAACGAAGACCAUAUGGAGUUCCCGGACGGGGGAGAGGAGGCGUGUCCCACCUUUGCCACAAUACACCCUCUUAGCGUCAAGGAAGUUCGCACUGCCCAGAGGAUACGAUCUCUCUGCUUCAAUAAAGAGUUCAAAGAGAUAGCCGCCCUCUCGCUCAACGGAUACAUUCACAUAUUUAACGCCGAGACCUUUAAGCAGACACUCUCCAGAAAACUGCCAAACUGCCAGGACAAUGUGAGCAUUGCCUACCACAGUGACGGCCUCUAUGCAGUAGGCUGUCGAUCAUAUACCAUUCUGCUAGAUGCCCGCACUCUGCAGACCAUCAAGAAGAUAACCUCCCGGUACAGUGGGUGCGGCAUCAGGGCCACCUCCUUUGAGGGAAAUCUGCUGACCGUAGGGACAGGAUUAGGUAUGCUCUUGUUCUAUGAUAUUCGUGCUGGAAAAUACCUGGAAAGCAGUGUCAACGCCUCACGCACUGUAGCCCUCAAAUGCAGUAAAGGAAUUGUGUACCCAGAGGACGAAAUGGACGGCUUCCAGCAGGUUAAGUACGUUCCGGCCAUCUACACGCACUGCUACGACAGCACAAGAAUGCGUCUCUUUGCGGCGGGAGGUCCUCUCCCGGCCACGCUGGUGGGAAACUAUGCGGGAGUUUGGCAAUAGAACUGGAGGAAUUGCAAUCCGGGCUCACACAACUGAUUAGGCUUUAAGGGAUUUGUCAACUUGUGAUCUUUGAUUUUUGGCAUAUUUUA